CUCGGCACCAGCCUCCACCGGGCCGGGCGUCCAAAGGCAGCGGGGGCCCGGGCUGUCCCUUUAAGAGGCCCCAGCACCGUGUCAGCCGGGCUCCUGCCCUGCCUCCCUUCUUCCAUCCUUCCCUGCCUCCUUCCCUCCCUCCCUGCCUCCCUCCUUCCCUCCCCUUCCGCAGCGCCGCGGCUCGGGGCGCCGCCGGAGCCGGGCCGCGAUGGGCAGCCGCGGGCAGCCUCCGGAGCCUCGCCGCCAGCCUCUGCUUGCAGAGCCGCGCCGGGGAGGCUGCUGCGGGGCCGCGGGGCGUUCCGGCACCGCCGGGUAGCGGCCGGACUCGCCGCCCUGCGCCUGGAGGCCAGCACAAUAGCUGGGAGGAGGAGGAGACAGGGAAAGGGGCAGGGGGAAAGGAGGAGAGAGAAAGAGAAAGCACAACACGGGGGCUGGCCGGGGGAGGACGGAGCGGAGGGUUGCCGAGAGCGGCUGCACUGAGCAGCAGGGCCGGGACGGCAGCGGCAGGAGGUGGGUGGGUGGGUGGCGAUAUUUACCUUCUCUCCCCCACCCUGAGCUUGCUCCUUUGUCCACCUCCCCUUUGAAGUGCUCUGAAAUCGCCGGGGUGGGAGCGUUGUUGUUCGCUAGCAAAAGAGCGGUCAUGACGGGGGGAGAGUAGCGAGUGCACGGGGGCUGGGGCCGGCGAGAGGUGGAGGAGGCGAGGAGCAGAGAUUAUUCCGAGGAUUGCCGUUUGCCUCCCAGUUCCUCCGCAUGGACCGUGAAAGAGACGCGUUGAGUUGACCCUGCCGGAGCUGUUUCUGCUUCUACAUGUGAGAUCCGGUUGCUUUAUUCUCUUCGGCUAUCUCUCUCCAGCUUCCCUCCCUUAUUCUCCACAUAUUUACUCCUGUAUGCAAAAUGGUGGACCCUGUGGGGUUUGUGGAGGCUUGGAAAGCACAAUUUGCAGACUCUGAGCCUCCUAAAAUGGAGCUGAAAUCUGUGGGAGAUAUUGAACAGGAGCUGGAGAUGUGCAAAGCAUCUAUCCGGAGACUGGAGAUGGAGGUCAACAAGGAGAGGUUCCGCAUGAUUUACCUGCAGACUCUUCUGGCAAAGGAGAAAAAAAGCUAUGAUAGACAGAGAUGGGGUUUUAAACGUGUUUCUCAGUUGCCUGAAGGGGGUGCAGAGCAGCAGAUCCAGGACCUGCAUCAUCACCAGUCUGCUGACCAAGAUGAAUAUGAAAAAAGCAAGUCACACCACGGGGAGGAAAAGUUCAAACCCAGGAUACCUUCUCUGCGGAAGCUGUCUACCCAGAGCGACGGGUCAGACCUGUCGCCUUUGGACAGUCCCCAUCACGGGGAGGGAGAGCAGGACAGGUGUAAGUACUAUGGCGAAGAGAAACUGAAGAGAGUUGUAGAAGAUACGGAGACUCGCUGCGAUACAGAUGGAUCUCCUUCAAAACACAGAUCGGCUUCCACUCGCAGGCUAGCGGGAUCUGCUGAGAAGGAGGCAUCUUUUGAACCUAUUUCUAAGGACAGAGGGAACAGCACCAAUGUGGCAGCCCUAAGGUCUAACUUCGAGAGGAUUAAAAAGGGGAAUUCACAUCAUUCUGGAGAUAACAAGGAUGUUGUUGAAAAGCCCUUCUAUGUGAACAUGGAGUAUCAUCACGAGAAGGGUCUAGUGAAGGUCAAUGAUAAAGAUGUUUCUGAUAAAAUAAGCUCUCUUGGUAGCCAAGCCAUGCAAAUGGAACGCAAAAAAUCCUUGCACUCCCUUCCUUCUACCGUGGUACCCAGCUUCAACGAAUUCCAGAGGCCUGCUUACAGGGGAAGGUCCUCAGAGAGCAGUUUUGGCUAUGAUGGAGAAUACGAAGAUGCUGAACUGAACCCCAGGUUUCUCAAAGAUAAUCUGAUUAAUGCCAAUGGCAGCAACCGCUCACCUUGGCAGCCCAUGGACUUUCAGCCCUAUCAAAGUAUCUAUGUUGGUGGAAUGAUGGGGGAGGCAGAAGGGAAAGGACCUAUCCUGAGAAAUCAGAGUACAACCGACCAGGAAAAACACCUCACUUGGCCCAGGAGAUCUUAUUCCCCAAGGAGUUUUGAAGAUAUUGGAGGAGGAUAUACUCCUGAUUGUAGCUCUAAUGAGAACCUUACCUCCAGCGAGGAAGACUUCUCUUCAGGGCAGUCCAGCCAUGUCUCCCCCAGCCCCACCACUUACCGCAUGUAUCGGGAUAAAAGUCGUUCUCCAUCCCAGAACUCUCAGCAGUCCUUUGACAGCAGCAGUCCACCGACCCCCCAGUCUCAAAAACGGCACCGGCAGCAGCAGGUCGUUGUGUCUGAGGCUACUAUUGUGGGUGUACGAAAAACAGGACAGAUAUGGCCAAGUGACGGAGAUUUGCCUUCUGGGAGAUGUCACCAGGACAGCUGCUUCCACGGGGAUGCAGAUGCUUCGUUCAGUGGCACACCACCUAGCUAUGCGUACGAUGCAGACCGUGCUGAAGAACAGAGGCGACAUCAUGAUAUGAUGCCCUAUAUUGAUGACUCACCUUCAUCUUCACCUCAUCUCAGUUCCAAGAGUCGGGGCAGCCGAGACACUUUAUCUUCAGGGUCUCUGGAAUCUACAAAAUCCAGUGAGCCAGAUCUGGAGAAAGGCCUGGAGAUGAGAAAAUGGGUCCUGUCAGGAAUCCUGGCCAGUGAGGAAACCUACCUGAGCCACCUGGAGGCUCUGCUGCUGCCUAUGAAGCCUUUGAAAGCAGCUGCCACCACAUCUCAGCCUGUGCUGACUAGUCAGCAGAUUGAGACAAUAUUCUUCAAAGUGCCUGAGCUCUAUGAGAUCCACAAAGAAUUCUAUGAUGGGCUCUUUCCCCGAGUGCAGCAGUGGAGUCACCAGCAACGCGUAGGAGACCUCUUCCAAAAGCUGGCCAGCCAGCUGGGAGUGUACCGGGCCUUUGUGGAUAACUAUGAAGUUGCUAUGGAGACAGCAGAGAAAUGCUGCCAAGCCAAUGCUCAGUUUGCUGAAAUCUCUGAGAAUCUAAAGGCUAGAAGCACAAAGGAAUCUAAAGAUCAGACGACGAAAAAUUCCUUGGAAACUCUCCUAUACAAACCAGUGGAUCGAGUGACUCGCAGCACACUUGUACUGCAUGAUUUGCUCAAGCACACUCCAGUGAGCCAUCCUGAUCAUCCACUCCUGCAGGAUGCCCUGCGGAUCUCGCAGAAUUUCCUUUCCAGCAUCAAUGAAGAGAUCACUCCUCGUCGGCAGUCCAUGACUGUAAAGAAGGGGGAGCACCGGCAGCUCCUGAAGGACAGCUUCAUGGUGGAGCUAGUUGAGGGGGCUCGCAAACUACGUCAUGUCUUUCUUUUUACUGAUCUAUUCCUCUGUGCCAAGCUCAAGAAGCAGAUUGGAGGAAAAAGCCAGCAGUAUGACUGUAAAUGGUACAUCCCACUCACGGACCUUAGUUUCCAAAUGGUGGAUGAGUCUGAGGCAGUGCCCAACAUCCCACUGGUACCUGAUGAGGAGCUGGAUGCCAUGAAGAUCAAGAUAUCCCAGAUCAAGAAUGACAUCCAGCGUGAAAAGAGAGCCAAUAAGGGCAGCAAGGUCAUUGAGAGGUUGAAAAAGAAGCUCUCAGAGCAGGAAUCACUCCUACUGCUGAUGUCGCCCAACAUGGCCUUCCGGGUACACAAUCGCAAUGGCAAGAGUUACACGUUCCUCAUUUCAUCGGACUAUGAAAGGGCAGAGUGGAGGGAGAACAUCCGGGAGCAGCAGAAGAAAUGCUUUAAAAGCUUCUCACUCACAUCAGUGGAGCUUCAGAUGCUGACCAACUCCUGUGUGAAACUUCAGACAGUCCACAACAUUCCCCUCACUAUCAACAAGGAAGAUGAUGAAUCCCCAGGUCUCUACGGAUUCCUGAAUGUCAUUGUCCACUCUGCCACAGGAUUCAAACAAAGUUCAAAUUUGUACUGCACAUUAGAGGUGGAUUCUUUUGGGUAUUUCGUGAACAAGGCUAAAACUAGAGUUUACAGAGACACCACGGAGCCCAACUGGAACGAGGAGUUUGAAAUUGAGCUGGAAGGCUCACAAACUCUGCGGAUUCUGUGCUAUGAAAAGUGCUACAACAAAAUGAAGCUCACCAAAGAGGACGGAGAGAGCACAGAUCGCAUAAUGGGGAAAGGACAGAUCCAGCUGGACCCACAGGCGUUGCAGGACAAAGACUGGCAGCGCACAGUCAUCUCAAUGAAUGGGGUUGAAGUGAAGCUGUCCGUGAAGUUUACCAGUCGAGAGUUUAGCCUGAAAAGGAUGCCGUCACGGAAACAGACAGGGGUCUUUGGGGUCAAGAUCGCUAUUGUCACCAAGAGAGAGAGAUCAAAGGUGCCUUACAUAGUGCGCCAGUGUGUGGAGGAGAUAGAGCGACGUGGGAUGGAGGAGGUGGGCAUCUACCGUGUCUCUGGGGUUGCAACCGAUAUCCAGGCUCUGAAAGCUGCCUUUGAUGUCAAUAACAAGGAUGUGUCAGUGAUGAUGAGCGAGAUGGAUGUUAAUGCCAUUGCAGGCACGUUGAAACUGUAUUUCCGAGAACUACCUGAACCACUCUUUACUGAUGAACUGUACCCCAACUUUGCAGAGGGCAUUGCACUUUCAGAUCCUGUUGCAAAGGAAAGCUGCAUGUUGAAUCUAUUGUUAUCACUUCCAGAACCCAACCUUGUGACAUUCCUUUUCCUUUUGGACCAUUUAAAAAGGGUUGCUGAGAGGGAAAGUAUCAACAAGAUGUCCCUGCAUAAUCUUGCAACUGUCUUUGGACCAACACUGCUCAGACCUUCAGAGAAGGACAGUAAAAUUCCUGCUAACCCAACCCAGCCUAUAACAAUGACUGAUAGUUGGUCACUAGAAGUCAUGUCCCAGGUUCAAGUCCUUCUGUACUUCCUGCAGCUAGAGACCAUCCCUACCCCAGACAGCAAGAGACAAAGCAUUCUCUUUUCCACAGAGGUAUAAACGCCUGUGAUACCAACAGGACUCAAAAAACUGCUCUUGGCAUAAUCUGCCUCUCCGGAGAAAAAGAAGACUGGUGUUUCUUCAGACAUUUCUGGCCAGUUCCUGUCCUGGGGAAUUAUGGCCCUCAGUGCUUCUGUUGUUUGUUAACCAGAGACAAGCUGAAGAGAAAGGAGAAAAAUCUCUACUUUUGAUCAGUAGAACCAGAAAGAAUUGAACUGGAGAUAGAGCUGUGCGGAAUCUCCACUAGAAGGAGCAAUAGACACUUGAACAAAUGCACCACAGAGUGUGGCUGUUAUUCUUGUUGGGAAUGUGACAGAAGGUAUUCCUCAUUUUAUGGAUUUAUCAUAAAGAAACUUCAAGAUUUCUACUGGACCACUUGAUAGGAUACCCUUUUUUGGGUGAGGGGGAGUUAAAAGAUCUAUCACAACUGUGUCUUUAAUAACUGCUGUUUUUAAAGUACUGUUCUAGGCCAAAAAAAUAGCAUUGCUUUGCAAGAAGAGGAGAGAAGGGAAGGGUCUGGGAUCUAAGAUUACCUCCUCAGAAAUUCAAGUCUUGAUUUGAACAGGGUUCUAAAGAAAUGGAACAGUUUUGCAUACAACUAGAACUUUUUCUUUUUUGUCUUGCCCACCCCCUCCCCUGCAAAUGUUUAUACAAACUCUAGGGAAGGAGAUGCCCUGCUCUUGCCUAUGUUGCACUUCAGAUGUUUGGUUGGGGGGUGGGUUAAGGGACCCAGACCCAACAAAGUUACAGUAUAAAUAAAUACAGCAAAUUAAAGAAAGGCAGGGAGGAUUUGAGUCAGUGCUUUGUGAUUGUGUUGUUUGUUUGCAUAUAAAAGCAGGAGCAAUACUAUCCAGAGAGGAUUGCUGAAUUCCUUAGACCCUGCCAAACUUAAUGAAAAUUAAUUGGGAAGGCUGUUAAUUUCCAACACUCCAAAGAAAUGAUGUUAUCAUUGCAAAAAUAAUUGAAGCAUUUCUGGACAAAACAAAUUAUUAGUGGCUAUCAGGUUGGCUGGCUGCUUACUCCAAACUUCUGUCAUAACAGCUUUUUGUUUGUUUCUUUUGAUACUUGAAUUUUUGGAGGCUUUGUACAUUGCUUCUACAAGAGUCUUUUUCUGAUAGAUAUAAAUACUUUGAUAAAAUAUGUCAGAAUGUACUUUAUGGACAACCUAGCCAGUAGCAUGCAUGUGUAUUCUUCAGAAACUUCAACCUUGUUUUAAAUAAGAGCAGGGAAGAAAUUUCUGUGGAACUACAUACAGCAGUACAAAAGGUCUAGCUAAAUACUAGGUUUGUGUUUUCCUGCCUAACUUGGUCAAAGCCACGGGGGUUACAUAGGCGUAAAGGGCAGCAGUAUUUGUCUAGGGAAUUGAAAGCAUAAUCUAAUUGCUUAAUCCAGAGCAAAGUAUUCUGGCUAUGAAACAGUUGUGCCAAACAUCUUGGGGGAGGUGGGAAUUAUUCCAUUUUCAUAAAGUACUCCAGCCCCCUUUACUUCCUACCCGGUUAUGCAGCAUCCAGUUAGCGGCAACCAUCCAUCAUCCUGGCAAGAAGAAAAGUGCAGCUCAAAGAUGAAGGAAGGAAUCAGCAAGGGAAGAAGGAGGGAGGGACGGAUUUUGAAAGAAGUAAUUGGUAUAGUUAGGUUGUCAACAUCAUUUGAGUGGAAAUACCAUGAAGAAAGCAACCCUCGUUAUGCUGAAUUUCACGUUUUCUGAUGAUGAGUAAUCUGCAAUCUCUCAAUUAGAAAAACAAAACCCAAAACAAACAAAAACAACAACAAUAUAAUAAUAAAAAAAACACAAAAGAGUCUUUCAAACAAAUGGAAAGAAAAAAAUAAUGGAAGGGAAAUGGUUUUGUAGUCAAUGUAAUUCUGACUGCUGCAUAAUAUUAGAAACUAUUGUACUGUGAAGUUGCAAAUUCAAAAAGGAACAAAUAGAAAUUCCAAUUUUGUGAGUAUAUCAACAUUUUGCAUGCUUUGUAAGGAUCCUUAUAGGAAUUUAAUAUUGCUUAGUAUCCCUUCUUAGGUCUGGGAGCAAACUGCUUCGUAAUGUAAUGUACAACUAGAAAUUCCUUCUCUAUUGUAUGUAUUUCCACUACAUUCCAACUUCUGAACCCAGAAAACAGAAAAAAUGUUUAUAGUAGGAGGUGCUUUUUGGGGGAGGGAAUGAAGGCAAGGAAACUUGAAGGCUUAAAUUUUUUAUAUUUAAUUUCUUUUUGCCUUUUUGAAGGUAAAAAUUAGUCACAAUCUUGCAAAUUUUUGACUUAAGAAAAGUCAUGCAGACCAGGAAACCAUGCUCAGUGGUUUGGGUUUUAUGUAUUUGUUCUCAUUUUUCCAUAGCAGUUCUGUAACAAUCCUUUGAUUGCUAGCUGCAUACCUACCCAUUCCAAGCUGUUGUUUGGUAUAUUUGACACAGCAGCACUGUUGUUAACUUCAUUAAAAAGAAAAGAUAAAAAUAAAAAUUAAAAAACACAAACAAAACAAAAAACAACAAACUACACCAGGUGGUUGGGUGAUAGCCUUUUCCUUUUGGUGUUUAGAAUUUUUGGCUGCUCUUUGCAGUGUUGAAACUGGAAAGCAAUACCAUAAUGACUGUGCCAAUUUACUUUUGCCCAACUUUUUAAUUUUUAUUUAUAUAGGAAGUUAAUUUUAAUAUUAAAUUACUGACCUAUAGUAUGUAACCAUGAGAAAAUAGCUUUUGCUUUGGUUACUGUUACAGGUUGUUGCUUUUAGUCUCUCAUUGCAAUGCUCAGUUCUAAUGUAACAUUAUCUAACAUGCAGGCAUGUGGAUCAGGGAAAAAAAAGUUAAUUUAACUUAACCCAUUAAUUAUUUCUGUUAAGUAUGAAUAUGUUUUCCCCAAAGCUGGUAAUUUUGGGCUGGAAAAGAUAGCACAUCUUACUGCUAAUGAUGGAAUCGUGGACUGAUUUGAAAUACGAGAAUUGAUUUCUUGAAUUUCCUUUAAUUUUGCAACCAAGCUCUUUUAAAUAGACUUACGUUUUCAGAAAUCAAGAAUCUCCAAAAGACUUUCCUUUUCCCAGGGAUGUUGUGGGUGUGCUUUUUUUUUUUUUUGAACUUUGUUGUGUUUUUAAUAAGCCUUAUCAUAUUUAAACAUAAAGGGACUUGCAACACUUGGCUUUAGAGAAGGCCUUCUGAUUUCUAUGCUUAUGUAUUCACUUCUGAGUUGUGUCAGAAAACCUAACUCUUCCUUUUUCUGCAUUAAAAGGUACAAUAUAACAUAUGAGCAAACUAGCAAAACAUUACCCUUUAAAUGUGCACUGGAAGUUUAUAUUCGCUCUGAUUCUAGUGUAUUGGAGAGACCUUUCUAAAAAUGUAGCUUUCAGCUACGUCAAUGUGAAACAUUAAAACUUUCAACCAAAAAUUUUCAGGUGAUUAGGAUAGUCUGUGUAUCUCCAGUUUAAGGAGAGGAGUAAGCAUCCAUUUCCUGGCAUUUAAAAACUUUUAAAGCUCUCAUGGGAUUUUUUUAACACUGAAAAGGUUUUUAAAUUUAAAAAACAAAACAAAACAAACAAAAAAAAAACUAAGGGAAAGAGUUUUAAAGAUGGUCAAGAAAUAACAAUUACUAGGUCAGUCUCAGCUUUGUGUGUUGUGUGUGCUUUUUAUGGGAGGAAAGUGUCUGAAACCAAAUCGAAACACAUCCAUUAAAAUGCUGCUGGUGUUCUUUAUUCUUGCACAAUUUUAACAAGUUGAGGUAGUAGCUAAGCUAUUUCAGGCUGUAUUUUAAUGCUGCUAUUUUUUAAUGUAUCAGCUAAGGGCGAAAUACAGCAGUGCAUUCACUAUAUUUGCUGAUGCCCACUGCCUGCCUUGAUUGUGACUUUCACUUGCUAAUCGAAGGCAAUCAGCGUGAACCAUAUGAAGCAAAACUGCAACAUUUUUUGUUGGCCACUAGGUGGUGGAACCACAAAGUAUGUUUAUGGGAGAUGCAGUAUUUUUACAGUUCAUUCAUUUUACCUGUUUUAAAAUGUGUUUUACAGUUGUUUGUUAGUUUUCUAUGAGUUUAUUUAAACAAAUGUACUGUUCUGUAAAGCAUACAUGGAUUUCCAAAUUUGCUUGUCACCCCUGUAACACUGGAAGGCAUGACAACGUGUUCUUUAUCUUAAUGUGCCAUUCUUUCAAAUAUGUAUAAAAUGUAAAUUGACCAACGUGGCUUUUAAAGAUACUUAAAAUAUGAUGGGAAAAAACAACAAACCAACCCUCUCUGAUUCCUCACUUGUUAAUCCUUCCUUUUGUUUCAGUGCUUGUUGAUCUACUGAGGCAAUAUUGUACAAUGUGGCAUUGUUAUUACAAAAAUUUUAGGAAGAAAUGGAAAAUCUUGUAAGAACGGCCUCUACCCAGUCCCUUUUGACUUUAUUUCAAGAAUGCAGGGACUUACAGUAACAGAAGAUUCAUACAUUCAUGCUAGAUUUAAGGGAUUUGCUUCAUUCGAAGAAAAAUCUGAAAAGACAAGUAGAUAUGAUCAGACAAAUCAAAUUUUUGGUGUAGUUAGUAAGUCAGAAACUUGUUCACUCCCUUUAAAAUUUGUAGUCCAGGUAUGUUUUUCUUUGUAAGCUUUGCUAACAUUCUGAUAGUACUGUAGUCUGAAAAAUAAAUCUGAUACUGUCCGCUCCCUUUAACGUAGGGUAUGUGCAACUGAGAUGCUGGAGCUUUCAAAUGAGUAUUAGCAAUUCUCCAUUCUGAACUAGAAUGAAAUGAAUGUUCAGAAUUAAGUACAUGCAUCAUCCUUAAAAUCAACAGAAGCUCUAAACGAAGCACAACUGGAAAAAAAAUAUAAUUAGGAAUCACUCGGAUUACAUCGUCUGGAACUGUAUAGAGCACAAAUUCUCCUUUCAAGUUACAGAAGAAGGCCUGUGCCCCAGAUAACUGUGAGCAAAGACUAUCUUGCCAGUAAAUAAACAUUAAUAUAGGAACGCUAGGAAUUCAGCCACUGUGGCCUCCCAGUUCUGACGUGCUGCAAUCCCUUUAUUGCUACUGAAAAUUCACAGUUCAGUGCUAAGAAAGCAAAGCUUAUCACCUGCUCUCUGCAUUUUUUUCCCCUGUGGAAAUAGAUAGGGAGGAGCAAUAGAGUCCAUGUAUUAGCAAAGGUGAAACACCACUGCAAAGGAAAAUGCUAACAAAACCAGGAAGUUAUACUAUAGUUUAAGCUAAACUCUGCUUCUGGGCUGCAAGGCUAGAAUACCGCAACAUACUAUAGUGAUAAAGUGGUUGAAACAGAAGGACCAAAGCAAACAAGAGCGUAUGUGUUAUCUUGAUUCUCCUUCGCUCGACUUAGGCCUUCUAGGUGAAGCAAAUACAUAAAUGCUACUGCCAAGAAUUAGAAAAUUAUUAAAUGGCUUAGUUUGUCGCCACUGUUGAUUCUCCUUGUGUUUCCACGUUAUAGCAGAAUUGGAGGAGACAACUGUAAAAGCAUGCAGGUGACCCAUGUAAAUACUUGUCUUGUCACUUACUUUCUACUGUCAGAUUUCACUUUUCAGUAGGAAAGACCCCCUCCUUUUCCAACAGCAACCAUGUCUUCUAUUCUGUAGAAACAGCCACCGCAGCGGGAGGUUCAGUUUAUAGCAGGGCUAUUCCUUACGGAAACUAAAAUAUUUCCAGUCUUCUGGUUCAGAAUGUACCAAGUACUGCUAAAGCUCUGGGCUUGUGCAGGCCUGUUUUGCAAGUAUAAAUAAGAUUCUAUUCUUUCCACCUGUUCAAUUAAUAUGAUUACAGAGUGCCCAAGCCUAGCAGAAGUGUUUGCUUUACUGCUUGGUUGUAACUGCAAUCAUGCUCAAAUCAUCUUGUCAAAAUUAUUCAUCAGAAUGGAGAAUUAUUUUCGGAUUUUCCACAAGAACUUUUGUUUGCGUAAUAAUUGCAAUCUCUUUCCCCGGUGGUAAGAUGUUCUGAGAUUCCAAGGCAUUCUACAGAUUAAUCAUUUCUCUAAUCUGCAAAAUGAUUUAUGUUACAAGACCAGUUUAUGCCACCGUGAAUGUAUGGAAGAGAAUAUAGCAGCUUCCCGCAGAUAACCCAAAAGGAGUGUCGCAAUGGGUGGAGCCCACCAGUGAGCAGACGGCCUUGGUCCUUAGAGGCUCGUGUCUCCCCUGGGGCAGUUUGAGUGAGGCCCAGAAGGCAAUUAUGGGAUAAGACUCAUCCAGUUCCUUCUUUAUAGUGCCUAAUUGAAUUAUCAAAACCCAAUCUACAUAGACAAGCUCAAAUUUCCUCCAUUUUAGUCCCAUUUUGGGAGAAAUUGGGAUUACGCUAACCUUAGGAAUCACAGAAGUUGCUGAAAACUGAUGUAUACCUUAAAACUCUCCCAUAUGCUAGUAAUGCGAUGUAAAUGCUGCCAUAGCAGAAGAACAUUGCUUCACAACAGCCUCUUCCAAUGUAUUCACUCCCUGGUCUCUUCUUUACUGCUUCUCACAGCCUAGGAGAAAUCUUACAUCAGGCUUCAGAGUAACAUGCAAAAACUUGUAGAAUUGCUAAGUAAUUUGGAAUCCUGGAUAAAACUUACCUGUGCAGGAACAGAUCUUUCAAAAGGUGGGAUAUCAGUACUAAAAGUGGUAAUGAACUAUCCAAGGCAGCAAAAAGAGGGAAAGGAAUCUUCCUGUUGGAUGACUGAGAACACCACAAUGAAAUGGUGAAUUUAAGUACGAGCUCACAGCAGGACACUGUGAAAUGUCGUCCUUUCUGUGUCUGUCUAGCAAAAAAACAUAAAACUAAGCCUUCUCUUGCCUAUGUAGGUUGUGUAGUUUGUUCUUAUCUCUAGUAUUACAAGUGUUUAUAAUCCAUGAAGAAUUCCAAUGAAAGGAGAUAAUAAGACUAUUUAUUUAAAUAUAAAUACAAUUAAAUUAUAUAAUUAGUGCUAAAUUAUCAGGUGUAGAAGAAAAGCAACUUGUUAUUGUUUGGAUAAUUUUGGAUUUCUUCAGAGUUAAUAUUGUUGGCAUUGUUUUAACUCUACCACGUUACAGAGUCUGUUUUUGACAUUUUAUACUGCUGUUGUCAGUGCUUCAGUAUCAUAGUGCUCCGUUUUUGAAAAGAAAACCUAAUCCUAAUAGCUUAAUCCAGAAAGGUGUUGAAACUGUACUGCUAAACAUCUUUCAGUUUAGGCCCAAAGAGAGGAAAAAAGGAAGGGGGAAAAAAAGGGGAAAAAAAUAGUAAUUCAGGAUUUAUUUUUUUUUUUAAUAUUCUGAGAUAAGUGGUAAGAGAAAGGGACACAAAAACUGUAUUUGGGGGAAAAAAGUCUAAGGCAUUUGUAGCCUUUCUUUGUACACAAUGUUAAAUAAAAUCUCCUGUAUCUAUG